AUAUUAUAAUGUAUAUUAGUAAAACUAAAUGUUUAUGAAUGUAGCAAUUGUUUUACAUGAUAAAUUUUUUUUUCUAAUAGAUAAGCAUGUUUUGUCAUAAAAUAUAAUGAAUUUAUAUUUUUAUAUUGUAACACUCUUUUACAUUUCAUAUAAAUCCAUUCUACAUAACUGAUCUCAACCGGCAAUAUGUUUAAUUCAGAAAAUCAGAUUGAAUCAGUAGAUCGAUUAUCUUUGCAAAAAAACAUUAAUGAAAAAAGAGAAAGUUUAAAAUUGGUUGAUGAGCCAACAUUGCUGGAAAAAAGGCUGUGUGAAGCUUUUGAUGUAUUUGAUAAUGCAAGAAAUAAUGAGGUGGAUGUUAGAGAUUUGGGUACUAUUAUAAGAGCAUUAGGAUGUGUUGUUACAGAAGCAGAAUUACAAGAAAUACAAGUUCAAGUGGAAGAUGUAGUAAAUAAUUGUGUACCAUUGAACAAAUAUGUAGAAUAUAUGCACAAAGCAAUUAGUGAACGCAAAUUUAAACCUGCAGAACCUGAAGAUCUAUUAAAAGCAUUUCAAUUACUGGAUCCCGAUAAUCGUGGUUAUAUUAUGAAAGAUGAUCUAGAAAAAGCUCUAAUGGAAAUGGGAGAGCCUUUUACUAAAGAUGAAGUGGCUGAUAUGAUGGCAAUUGCUUGUGAUCCGGCAACAAAAAAAAUUCAUUAUGAAUAUUAUAUCAAUUUAUUGAUUGUAUGUAUGAUUAUUUUCAUUUUAUAAGUUUUGAGAUUUUCUUUACCAAUCGCAAUCAAAUAAUUGUCAUAUUUAUAUCAACGAAAGAUAUAUGAUUUAAAUGUAAUACCUGAAGAUAUAUCUCUUCAAUACAUAUAUUAAGAAUUUAAACCACUUAUAGGUAAAAAUGCCAAAAAAUGCAAAUGUACAUUCAAUUCUUCAUCAAAUGGAAAUAGAUAAAUUAGCAUCUAUGCCAAAAAAACGUAGAUUAGAAAGUCUUC